GAUUUCAGCGUGAGUGUGAGCGUGUUUUGCAUUGCGUGCUAAUUUAUUUUGUUUACAUCUAAAUAUAAUUUUAAUUAAUUAGUAAAGCAUGACAUUUAGUAGCAAAAACCUUAGCUCACAGCAUAAAGUGCUUCUUUAGAUCAGGAAAAUUAUAUUUUUGGCGCCAUGGGCUCUUGCGAACGCUGGAUAACUUUGUUGUUAUUUCCCUGUUUAUUUACAAUUGUGGUCACAUUACCUUACGAUGUGCACUGGCUGGGGGGAGCCACUACGAUAGAGAGAGACAUACCAAUGCCGAAACAAGCUCUCGACAUCUACUGCUACCCCGGCACCAACAAGAAUUUAUUUGCCAUUUGGCAGACCGUUAAGUUCCACCUUAGAAUAAAAAAUGACGAGUUCCGCCAAUACUUAGGCACGACCCCCGAAGAUGUCUACAAGCAGUACACAGAGGACUACGGCUGGACUGUGAACCCGUUCCAGAUCAAAUCAGCUAAGAGCACCACUCUGAGUCUGUUCACGCCCACUUGCAUGGCCGUCAACACCAAACAGAGGCAUAUUAUUGAGUUGCAAGUCAUAAGAGUCGACAUAUGGAGGAUAAUACUGAUGUUAGCUGGAGUCACCCUGAUCUUGUCAUCGAAGGCUCUCAGUGGGAACCCUGUAUUUUUCUACCUCUGCGGGAUUUUUGUCGGGGUGUUUGCAUCAUUUUUAGUGCUCGUGUAUUAUGUUAGCAAAUUGGUGCCAGGAAAGAAAGCGCUAACCUACGGCGUCCUGAUUGGCGGUUGGACGGUGGGCGUGUACAUAUGGCAGCAAGUGUGGGAGAACACCCGCGGGCUGCUGGUCACCCAUCACAGCACUGUCAUGUGGUAUCUGAUAGCUGCCAGCUUCGCCAGUCUCCUGGUCUGCUACAGAAUCGGCCCGCCGAGGAAUGCCCGCACUAAGAAUAUGGUUAUGUGGACUUUACAGGCGGCGGGGGUGGUGAUGGUGUUCAGCAGCAGCUCCUACCAGGACGCGGCGGGCGCCGUCAUCGUGCUGUCUCUACUUAUCAAGUAUUUCCCGCGCUCGCUGCUGCUCAGGAUACAGGGAUAUUGGCGGAGAAAAUUCCCGCCAAAACCUCGUCUACUCACAAACGAGGAAUACUACGAACAAGGAGCCAGAGAAACCAAACACGCGCUGGAGAAUCUGAGGAAAUACUGCUCCAGUCCCGACUGCGCCCAGUGGAACAUCAUGCUCAAGCUGAAUGACUCGAGGAGAUUCGCGAGUUUCGUAGAGGGCAACUCUCACCUCAGCGACGAAGAGGUGCUUGACUACGAGUCUUACGCGUUCUCCCUCGACAGGAAACCAGAAUGCAGGCGAACGCUCGAGAUUUCUGAUGACGAUUCCUCAGAUUAUGAAGAAUUGUGAAUCAAUGUAAGCGCGUUAUCAAGAUUUUCGGCGAUGAUACAAUGAGACGUGAGAAUUGGAACUAACAGUGGGCGAAGGGCGGGUUAGCAUUUCACUUCUCAUAAUCGAAUCGAUUCGAAAUGAGACACAGCGAACCAAUCACAUUGCGCCAUUGUGACACAAUGACAACCACACUGCAAUGUCAUUGGUUCGCUGUGUCUCACUUCGAGUAUAUUCGAUGGUGAGAAGUGAAAUGCUACCCCGCACUAACCCCUCAGAACUACAAAGUUUACGGAACGAUUUAAUGCAUGCUGCUCCACACUCGUCGUCGAACAGUUUGCCAAACUAUGGCGGACUCUGUAUACAUUGCUGGUUUUUCAUUGCGGCAAAUAAAAACACGCAAUUUACAUGCAUUCGCGUCGGCAUGUCGACAUAAGACUGAGCUAAUUCGCACACUAGCGCCAUCGUCACAUAAAGAUAAGUUAUUGUUUAGGUAGCUAUAUCGCAAAAUUCGUACCACCAAUCACUAAUGCUAAUUUCAAGUUUCUAAAUUGAACUGUCCUGUAUUCUACCGACUGUUUGAAAUUAUUGGAAAGUGAACGUAGGGCGACAGUGGGCAUCGUGAUACAAAAUCUUUGAAUCGUUCCGUAAAUGUUGAUGUUAUCUCCGAAUAUAGUGAGUUAUUUGUAAAUACCAGUCUAUAAAGUCUGUAAAAGCCCUAAGCCUUAUUUUUACGUUGAAUUGUCUCGGCCGAACUCCGUAAUGAAGAUAAACUUGAUCUCUUUCUUAGUGACAUGUUUCCAAUGUAUGUACUUACAUUUUUAAUAUCAUUUUAGUCAUUAUUUCGUACUAGUUGAUAAACUUUUAAUUUUAUGUGAACACUGAGCAUCUAUCAACUUCUAUAGUUAAUCGAAAACUGUGAGUGAUAAAUUGUGCCUCUAAUGUUUUUGAAUAAGAAAAAUUAUAUAAUAUGAAAAAUAAUAAUGCUUUGUUUAAUUAAUUUAUGAAUACUGGCAUCAUGUGAUCAUGAACUAUUUAUGUUCUACAGAAUUACUAUUUCUAAUGCAAGUGAAUAGCUCGAAUUUUCCGAGAAUGCAUGGAUAUUAUUCUCGGAAAUUCCCGAGAAUUGCCAUUACCGAUGAGAAUUUCUCUUGGAAAUCUGGGAGAAUUCUCAGCGGCACAUUGCUACUAGUGAUUUUUUACUGAUUUAAUAAUUGACCAAUCAGUGUUGUUGAAACGAGCUGUCAAGUUGUGAUUGGUCGGCGCACGCUCUUUGUUUGAAACGAAAAAUGUUUUGUAUAGGUAAGAGGCGAAAAUCUCAAAAUAUUCCGAAACUGGAAGUUUACGGUAAUUUUUCGGAAAUGUUCGGAAAAACAUCCAAAAUCAAAUGUUCAAUAUAUAAAAAGGGAUAUGAUAAACUAAACAAUGAUCUUAAUUACCUAUCUAAUGUAAGCACCCCUAUUAGAUUAUUAGUUUUUGAGUUCUUGAUUUUGUAUUUUUCAAACAGCGUUAUGUUAUGUAAUAUUUUUAGCUAUAAUCUACUCUACUUCUGACAAUUUUUUUGUAUUGUAAUUGCAUUUUCUAAUAUUUAUAUUGCCCAAUGACAUUCAGUUAAAGUGAGUUCAGUAAAUAGUUUCAUAUAUUUUUUUAGGAAUUUUAUUAUUCUAAUGGCAAACAUUUUUAAUCGGUCACCAAAUUAGAAAAAAAUGCAAAGACGUGUGUAAUUUUAGUACAAUUACUUCUAAUUAUUUUAUAUUGUACUAGCUGCGCCCCAGGGCUUCGCUCCCAUGGGAAUUUCGGGAUAAAAAGUACCCUAUGUGUUAUUCCAGGUUAUAUUAUAUCCGUAUAUCAAACAAUAGGUCCAGUAGAUUUUGCGUGUAAUAAACAUAUAUAUCGUCACAAACUUUCGCAUAAUAUUAGUAGGAUUAAAAAGGACUGAUACGUAAUUAUGCAAAAAAAAAAUAUUUUUGUUAGUAAUAAUUUAAUUUGUAAUUAACAGUCGUCUAACUUAUUUCUAGUUUGAUUUGGUUUGUAUAAAGAAAAAUGCUAUUAACAUUUGUUUUUACAUAGCACCAAUGAACAUAAUUAUAUAGUUUUGUAAAAAAAUUUUACUUAAAUGUUCAAAUUGUAAAUAAGUGCACUUGUUAAAUAGUAUUUUUGUGUACAUAAUGUACAUGUUUGUCAUUAAAUACAUUUAAAAAAUAUGA